AUGGGUGCUAAUGAGGAGGUAGAACUGGACCUUUUAGCUACCAAAGUAGAAUUGGAUACGUGGAACAGUAGAGAAGAAAUCCAUUUAUCUUCUCUUAUUGCUCCAGUUAUUCAUGCAGAUGACAAUGUGUCUCUCCUAGAACUUCCUUCAACCCAAGAGGUAAAACAAGCUUUGUUUUUUAUUCCUACGGAUAGUAGUCCGGGUUCUGAUGGGUUCGGGUCGGGUUUUUAUAAAGCUUGUUGGGAUAUUGUUGGUACGGAUGUGAUGGAUGGUGUUCAUGAUUUUUUCAAAGGGGGAAAAAUUAUGAGGGAAUUCACGGCCUCUUUUUUGGUGUUGAUACCCAAGGUUGAUAAUCCGAAGAGCUUUGACAAAUUCCACCCUAUUAGUUUGUGCUUAGUUUUCUACAAGAUAUGUACUAUAAUUCUGGUAACCCAGAUAUAUAUCUUCCUUGCUUCCUCAUCUCCGAGGAACAGUGAACCUUCAUUUCUGGGAGAAGCAUUUUUGAGAAUUUUUGGAUUCUCUGAGGGAGUUUGUAAUUUGGUGAGCCAAUUUAUCUCUUCGCCUUGGUUCUCUAUAGUCAUGAACGGUAUUCCCAAGGGUUUCUUCGAGGGAGGGGAGAUGAUUGUAGCAAGUGGUGAUAAAAAGUUGAUACAAGCCAUUUCUGAGGUUCUUGCAGUCUAUGAAAGUUGGCAUCGAAACAUAUUGCGUAGCUCCAGAUUCUCUGAAGGGUCUCUUCCAUUUAAAUAUUUGGGGGUUUCUAUUGUGUCCGGAAGACUUAAAGCAAUGCAUUUUGAUGAGUUCCUUAGCAAGAUCAGAGAUAAAAUUGGGAGUAGGAAAUCUCGGCUAUUGUCUAGCAGCGCUAGACUUUUGCUUUUAAAGCAUGUGUUGUGUUUGUAUGAAAGGAAAGUGGGAGUCAAUGGAGGAUAUUUGGAGAAGCAUUAA